ACUUCAAUCCUUUGAGAAAACAUUCGGUGUGACCUCUCUGAUGCUACCAAAAUUCAACCGAAAUCCUGAGAUUUGAUGGUAUGAUUGAUCUCAGUUCUUACCAAAAUUUGAUUAGCAAAUGGCUAGGGUAAGGAAUUGGUAUAAUCAAUCAAAAACAGCCACUUUGAUUUGGUUCAUAUCCUUGAUCACCUUCUAUGCUGUGUUCCGGAUGGCUUCUACAUUUUCUCCUCCUUCAACAGCAGAUCUUCCAGUUUCGAAUGCAGAGAGGUUGAGAUUGUAUGACAAAAUGACCAGGGAUUUGGACGAGCAUGGUGCACUUUUUCUCAAGAAGGGAGAGACUUCACAGUCAAUGAAACUUUCUGACCUCUUUGAUGUUCACAAUGGAUCCGUGACUCCAGUUUUGAAGGCUGCCAAUCCUCCUGUUAGAGCUAAUGUAUUAUAUAUGAAUACCGAGUACUCACAUCCUAUCUCGAAAGCAGUAAGGGACAUAUUUUCUCCAUCCCUCGAGAAAGUAAUUUGGUUUCAGAAUUCCGAGCUCUACCAUUUUAGUAUGUUCCAUGCUUCACACCACAUUUUACCUGUUCCUGCCUCAGAAGAGGAAAUUGAGGCUGAAGCAAAUGCUGUUAAAGCAGUUGUAGACAAGCUCUGUCCAAUGACAAUUGUAUUGGAUAGGGUUGUUUUGACUUCAACUGGUGUGCUUUUGGGUUGCUGGCAGGUAAUCUCGGGGACAGAUCCUGUUACUAUCCGUUCUAAAUUAAGGAAUGCUCUUCCACGUGCUCCAGGAAAGCAACUUUAUGAGCCUGCCAUACUUCAUACCUCACUUGCAAGGAUUCUUGGUCACCCUAAUAAUUCAUCUGAGGAACCGAGCAUCGCUUCAGAACUCCAAUACUUUCAUGAACUAGUAGCUCAUUUGAACAAUCGCAUCCGUGGAACAAAGGCAACGAUCUCCGAGUUGUGGUACGUAGAAGAGUACGACGUCUUAGCUUUGGCGUUAGAUGGAAAAACAAAAAUACGACGUUUCCAAUUCGGCUGUUUGAAAGUCUAAGAGUCGAAUAAAAGUAGUUGCCAUACUUCUAUCUUCGAAAGAGCUUCCUUUUUUAUGGUUGUUCUCAACGAUCUUUCGAGUCUAGUUGCAUCUAAUCUCAUAGAUGUGUUUACUUGAUGGCGUAUGUGAAUAUAUUCCGGUGGCAAUAACCUCUUUGUGUUGAUA